AUGAACAACGCCACGAUACCAUCAGGAGGGGUUGGACCAGGAGCAUCCUUGCCGACUGAAACGAGGCAGCCGUUGGUCGUCGGCAUAACGUCAAUGUUUAUUGCCUUGGUCGCGGUCUUUAUGGUCAUUCGGGUCUACAUCAGGGGUUAUCUUUUGCGAGGAUGGGGACUCGAUGACUCCAUGUUUAUAUGGUCUUCGAUCCUCGUGAUAAUACAAGGUACUAUGGUACUAUGUAAUGCAAUCUACGGAAGUCUUGGGUUGCACCUCUGGAGAUCGACAUUUGACCAACUACAACAGAAUCCCCGCUACUUGGUAGCGACAGUCUUCCUGUACCAACUGUCUUUCGGCUUCAUCAAAGCAACCUUCCUACUCCAGUUCCGUCGAGCGUUUGCGCUGCCUCAUAUAAUAUUGUUUUGCGACGUUUUCUUGGGCAUCAUGUUCAUAGCACUCUCAGGACUGCUCGUCUUUGGCGGAAUCGUCAUGAAAGAAUUCCUGAAGCCAGGGUAUGUUCCUGACCCCGCGGACAAGACUUACCUCAUAUUCGGCUACGUCAAUGCCGCCGUGCAUCUCUCAACGGAUAUCGUCAUCUUCAUCUUGCCACUGGCACUUGUAGGACGGAUGCGCCUUGCAGCGAUGCAAAAAGCCGGUUUAAUCUCUAGUUUUGGGGUGGGCAUUUUCACUAGUGGGAUUUCGGUGUUAAGAAUCGCCAGUCUGCCUCUCGCUACCAGCGGCAUCGAUGGGUUCUACCAAGCCGUCCCGCUGGUUCUUCUAAGUUUGGCCGAGCCUACGUCUGCGGUCAUAUGCGCUUGUGUGCCAAUUAUGCGGCCCCUUUUAGCAUGCUCAGGAACUUCAAGAUAUGGCAGCCAAGGUUCACGAAGACCUCUGUCAGGGGCGACCAACAAAUCGGCUGGACAAAGACGUCAGACACCAAGUGCGCCUCCACAAUCGCCCACUAGCACGAUAAGCCCAUCGGUGACGCAAAUGACACACAUUUCGACAUUUACGAGGAGCAUAGAUGGCGAUUUAGAGGGCUAUAGAUCUAGCCAACAAGCCAGGGGAAGCAUCAACACCUUGAACCCUCUGUCAAUGCAUCCGUCAUCACCCACCAAAACGUUACAGCUCCCAUGA